CAGCGCGAGCCAAGUCGUAAUACCGCCGCUCACGCGCCGCUCGACUCUCAUUCUCUAGAAGAUGGCGGACUGCGUUUCGCUGUUAGAUGAGGAGCUCUCUUCCUUCGUCUUCAAUUACCUGACAGAAAACUCCGGGAGCCCGUAUGGAGAGGAGGAGGUGUGCUCAGACCACCUGGACACUGAUUUCCCUGACUUCGACCUCUCUCAGCUGGACACCAGCGACUUUGACUCAGUGAACUGCCUCAGCGAGCUCCACUGGUGCAAUGACCACUCAGACAGCUCCCCCGCCUCCAUACAGUACAGCGUUGGGGACGCCGAGCUCUUCGAGACGGAAGAGGAAAAUGCGGCACUGCUCGCCGCUCUCACAGACAGCCUGGAUGGCAUUGUGGAGGACGGGGUGGGGGAACUGUCUGUGUUCCCCUCGCUGGGUGAAGACCCUGAGGAGGAAGAGGAGGAGGAGGAGGAGGAAGACGAGCUUCUUUUGGAAAGUGAGCCUGUCCAAGGCUCGCUGAGCCCAGAGACAGAAGACCCGUCUCUACUGAAAAAGCUCUUGUUGUCCCCCCCAAAUGUGCCUGUGGGUCUGGACUCAAACAAACUGAGCAGUGCACUCAGUAAGACUCAGCAACUCAAGUCUGUUCGUCCUCUUUUGAAGAGGGACAGGACAUGCACAGUGGAGAGGAAGCCGCGAGCGUUCAGACCUGUCGGUCAUCUCUGCACUGAGCUGCACCGCCACCUCACCCAGGAGCCCAACACCGAGGACACACCUGCAGCUGAUACUGAGGAAGAGGAGGAAGAAGAAGACGAAGAUGAGGACAGUGACUCGGAGGAUGAGGAGGGGGAGGAUGAGGAGGAAGAGGAGUCUUCAUCCAGCAGUGAGGUAGAGAGCACAGUGUGCACCGAGCCGCCCGAGCCUCAGUUCCCCUCGGAGAAGGAGCGUCACUCUGUGGUGGAGUUGAUCCGCUACAUGCACACGUACUGUGUACCAUCACGCAAGCAGGCCAACUGGGACCGCAAGGAGCGCGAAAAUGUGACGCGCAAGACCAAGCCUGAGAACCCUGCAGUCCCCCGUAAUGCCACCCCCAGCUGUGUUAAACCUGCCACCCAGCCCACUAUUCUCUCCAACAGCAGCACAACUAGAGGAACCAAACCCAAGAUUCCUUUCGUACGGCGCCGAGAAACUAAAGCGCACUCUCUGCUUAAGGAGCUGUUGGAGGCUGUCGCUUCCUAUGACGUGAGCAAGCCUUACAGACUGCACAGCCCACCGUACAGCCACAGCAGGACCACCGCAGCCCGGCCCAAAGCUGAGCACAAAGACACAAGCGUCAUCGAAGGCUCUCAGGUGGCUGCCAAGCGGCCUAAAUGCCCCGAAAUAGACGAGGGCUCGUUUUCGGUGCGCCGCUCCCGCCGCUUAGCCUCCUUCCCGAGUCGAUUUGCAAAAAGACCACGUCCGAGUGGACACUCCAGUGAAGAGGAGAGCGCAGUCCACCACUCUGCCAUGGAUUCUCUUGCUGAAGACAGCAUGGAGAAAGCAGUCUUGCAGAAGAGCCCUGAAACCCCAAACCUCUGCUGUAAUGACGAGAAGCGUGCCUGCCUCUGCCUGCCGCUGACUCCUAAAUCCACAGGAGAUCCAAGCCGGCCCUUUGAGCAGAGUCUCUGCGUGGAACUGUGCGGCACUGCAGGACUCACCCCGCCCACAACGCCACCCCACAAACCGGUCGAUGAGGAGCUCUUCAAGCCUGAGGGCAAAGCCGAACUUCCCGGCAAGAACUUGUGUCCAGUGCGGACACACCUGCGGAAGCUUCCAGAGCAGACAGAGCUGUAUGCCCAGCUUCGGCGCAUGGGUCCGACGGGCGAGAGCCAGAGCAAGGGUGCCUACAGAGACCAUGACUACUGCAUGCUAAACUUAGGGGAGAGCCACAAAAGGAUUGCUGCCAUCCUCCCAGGAUCUGUCUGCUACACUAAGGUCCAAGAGGGAGAGGAGGACAAGAUGGGAGAGAAAAACAGGCAGGAGGAGACAGAGGCCCAACAGGCUGAUUUGCCCCCAGACUUCUCCCUACGCCAACCUGCAGAGACAGGACAGCCCUCGCCUGCCUGUUCACCCACUCCUGAGGCUGAUUCCGAGUGCCCAGACUCAUGCCAGCCACCCUCACCCUGCCAUCAGAUCAACCUCAGCUGUGAGAGCCACUGUGACAAGCAGAGCAAUAACACUACACAUGGACAAGAGGAGGAUGGGGACAAGUGCCAAGUAUUGUACAUUCACAAUCUGCCGAGCAGCGUCACUCAGGCUGUCCUGCGCAAACGCUUUAAGGCCUUUGGCGAACCAGAGGACUGCCGGGUGCUCAUCAAAAAAGAGGAGCGCUGUGGAGUCAUCACUUUUAGGCAGAAUCAGAACGAGCUGAGUCAGAAGCACAGGCAGCAUGACUCUGUGGGUCAGUAUGCCGGAAAUGGCAGUCGGAGGUUCAGCAGGAAGCGGUACAUAGAUCUGGAUGAGGCAGGACCAGGCCCGGUGAAGAGCAAGUAUGACGCUAUGGACUUUGACACUUUGCUUAAGGAGGCCCAGAGGAGUCUACACCGCUGAUACGCCUUACUGACAGCUCAGCGACCCUCACUCCUGAGCCACCUCACAACCUCAGCCCAGACUCCACCUCAUGUUUACAUUUUUGAACAUUGAAAUAGUGAAGAAAAAAAAAAAUUGGACCUUCUUAUUGAGGCCGGAGCGCUGCUGAGGCAUGAGGACGAAACCCGAGAAAUGAAACAACAACAGAAAGAAGUGUGUGGACGUCAAACACUAGUGGCCUCUGAGCGGCCCUGGCUUUCUGUAGCAAACCCUUGCUCUCUUCGUUUGGUCGUUGUGACGUCUGUACGUGUGUUGCUUUUUUUGCUUAGUUUUUUGUAACCUUUUUGUCACUUUUUCGGUGGGACUGCAACUUUCACCAUUUUGUCGUACAAGUAUAUAAAUGAUAAUUGCUUUAUAUUAGCAAAACUUUGUGGAUGUUCAACUGUGUGUUACAAUGACAAAAAGUGUGUGGGGGGGGAAACAAACGACAAAAAAACUCCUUACAACGUAGAGUUUACAAAUCAAAAAGGAACGAAAAAAAUCUUUGUCUUUUUUUUGUCAUUUUAGUGCUUCCUUAUUUCAUCUAUGCACUGAAACGAGGUAGCGCUUGUGGUUUUCUUGCCUCUCCCCUCCUUCUAUGGCUGGGUUCUUGCUGCUGGCUGCCACAUAUAACAAGCAAUGGAGCCCGAAGACCUGACCAACUUUACUGUACUACUACUGUACAACUGCACCGUUCACCAUUUACCCGUCACGUCCAUAAAGCUCUCAGUGUGUCAGGUUCUAGGUAUGCAAUCAGUGCACUUGGAUGCAUAGUGUCCUAUUUAGAAUGAAGAAAAAAAAAACAAUGACCAUUACGUUAGAUGUCUCUCAGUAGAAUGUAUCCCUCGAGGAUAUGAAUGUUGAUCAGUAUCAGCUAGUAACACAUCCCAUCAACUCAAUAGCCAUCGGAAUAAGAUGAGUGUCUACGGGUAGAGAGAAGGGCCGUGGAAAUCCGGGAGGAAGUUAUUUCUGAAGCUUAAUCUCCCGAGAGAUACCAGCGUAUCUCUAUGUUGUUUACAUCUCCCUCUCUCACAUGCUCUCUCUAUACUCAGUUUUUUUUACUCUCUCCUAUCUAAUAGGGGAAGGUCUUCGGGUUUUUCUAGCUCUUGCCUCGUACUUUAAACUCUUAAUCGUUCUCUGUCUGUGUUUGGAGUGUAAAAGUGUACCCACGUGUAUCUGAGUGUGCCGUCUGUGUUUCCUCGGGUCCUGGGAUGGGCUCAGCCCCCAGUUUCAUAAAGCUGGGAGACAGUCACUCUCUGCUUUGUUUUUGUUUUUAAAUAUGGGGGUUUUGACUCUAUCCUGUAGAUCCUGUAUAGUGGAGCCAUGUGCUUUUAAAUGUGUGUGUGUGUGUGUGUGCGCGUGUGUGUGUGUUUCUUAUGCAUGAUCCCUGCCUCACCUGUUUUAACCAAUCACCUCCUCAGUAACACACCAGGAAUCUGAAUGUUUACAUCAUUUGAAUCCUCCUUUGACUUUCAUUGAGCGCACACUAAGUACAACACGCCUUAUUCAGCGUUAAGGCUACUCUAUCAGGAUGUGCCUUUUUGGCCGACCCUAGAUAAUCGUUCGUACACACUUUUUCGUAAUACCCACACCGUUUAAAAGAACCCGAAUGAUUGUUUGUUCUUAGUAUGUAUACUACUGAAGGAGGAUGUGCUGUUUACAUGACUAUAUAUAGAUCUAUAUAUACAUAGGUAUAUAAUCUGUA